AUGCCUCAGCUACCAUCCUUUAUCCAUUCAUUUAAUAUUUCCACGCCAGCCCUUGGUAUAUCUGUACUUGUCUGCUCUGUCAUUGCCUAUACGAUUGCAAAGAUGUUCGGAUUCAACCGCAAGAACGAGUUCCCGGUUGAGGGUCGAACUGUGAUCAUCACUGGUGGAUCUGAUGGCAUGGGCCGAGCUGUUGCAGGCCAACUUGCUGGAAAGGGUGCACAUGUCGUCGUCGUUGCUCGUACUGCCUCCAAGCUUGAGCAGACCGUGGAAGAACUCAAGUCCAAGGCCUUGAACUCGCUCAAGCAGCGAUUCACCUACAUCUGUGCCGACCUCACUGUUGCCUCCGAGUGCGAUCGAGUGAUUGCUGAGGUCACAGCCUGGAAUGACGGCUCUGCUCCUGAUGUUGUUUGGUGCUGUGCUGGCUUCUGCCACCCUGGUUUCUUCAUUGAUAUUCCGAUCGAGCUUCAGCGUCAACAGAUGGACACAGUCUACUGGACUGCUGCAAACAUGGCUCAUGCCACUCUCCGAAACUGGUUGGCUCCUGUUCCUCCAAGUGGCCAGAUGCGGAACCCGCGUCGUCACCUCAUCUUCACUUGUUCUACUCUCGCAUUUGUUCCCAUUGCUGGCUACGGACCCUACUCUCCUGCCAAGGCUGCCAUUCGCUCCUUGUCUGACACUCUCAGCCAAGAGAUUGAGAUGUACAAUGGCGCUUACUCUCAACGACACCGCAACACAGCCCCAGCUGCUGAUGUCAAAAUCCACACUGUUUUCCCCAUGGGCAUUCUGAGCCCAGGAUUUGACAACGAGCAGAAGAUCAAGCCCGAGCUGACCAAAAAGCUCGAGGAAUCCGACAAGCCCCAGACUCCUGAAGAGGUUGGACAGAUCGCCAUCCAAGCUCUGGAACGUGGCGAGUACCUCAUUACAACCAUGUUUGUCGGAAAUGUCAUGAAGGGAACAGCACUUGGACCCAGCCCUCGCAACAACAUUGUCGGUGAUACCUUCCUCGGCUGGCUGAGCAACUUGAUUUUCCUUCAGGUCAUUCCCGAUCUUCGCAACAAGGCAUUCAACUGGGGAAAGACCAAUGGUCUCCCUCAACAGGGUUGUGUUGAGUAAUGAGAUCGGUCUCAUGGUUUAUGAUUUGGCGACUGUAUUAUACCCUUUUUGCAUUGCCCUUCUGGCUGUGCGCUCGUUUGGCC